AUGUCGGGUAAUCCCUUUGAUAGCACCGAGGAGGAGCCCAGCGCCAGCAGUGAUGAGAUACUGGAGGGCUUUCUGUGUCCCAUUUGCCGUGCCGAUUUGAAGUCAAUUGACUUCUUGACCGAACACUUUGCACGCCAGCAUGCCGAGGAGCAGGACGCCCUCAAAUCCGUGUUCAAGGAUAUCUUCACCAAAGCCAAGCAGAAGAUUCUUAACAACUUUGAUGAUGAGCGCAUUCGUGUGCCGUCAGCUGCCUCGCCGGCUGCCAGUGCCAGCAAUGCAGCUGGCUCCAAUGGAGCAUCAGCCAAGCCAAGCACCGGGAGAGCACAGCUAAAUCUCUACCAAAAUAUGUCGAAGCAGACUGUGGGUGCCGAGCGCUCCUACUUCGAUUACUUUCAAACGGUACGCAAUCCACGCCUGGAGCGCUAUGCGAGCGAGACGAAUAAGCUGAUUAUUCGACUGCAUCGCCUACUCAAGGACCUGCCCACGGAUGCAGUGCAGCGCAAGCAGCACGAGCAGCAGACGGUGCCUUGGCUGGAUGGCAGCUCUGUCAAGCUCUGCCCCAGCUGCGCGAAGAGCUUUCACAUCGCGAGACGGCAGCAUCAUUGCCGGCUCUGCGGCGGCAUCAUGUGCAACGAUUGCUCCCGCUUCCUGCAGCUGGAGAAUGCAUUGCAUCUGGCCAGCUUGUCUAGCACACGUGGCGAGCCUCUGCAGCAGCUGCAGCAUCCGGACUAUCGCGCCAUACGCCUCUGCCAGCAUUGCCUGUGGCUCCUGGACACACGCCAGGACAUGCACGAGAGUCGCACCUGUCGCCCGCUGCUCGCCCAAGUCUAUGAGGAGAUAAGGCAGCUUCAGAAGCAGGUGACGCCCGAUCUGGAGAUGUAUUUGAAGAUCGUAAACAGCCUGCACGAAGGCGAAUCCAUCUUUACACUGGCUGAUGCGGGCGCACUGCGUGGAAAGAUCGGACAGGUGGCGGAGAAAAUCGAUUUGCGCAGCAAGCGCAUCUUGACCAUACACUCGGAGCCGGGCAGUCGCGAGGAGGCACUCAAGAAGGCCAUAAGAUUAAGCUGUGUGCAAGCCAUCAAGGAGCGCAUGCUCUCGCUGCCUCCUUUGCCGGAUGAGGGAUACAUAAGGCAGAUUCAGGAGCGCAAGCGAAUCGAAACGGAGCAACGGAUUCUGACAGAGCAGCGCAUGGCCAUGGAGGCGCACGAACGCAAAGGACUGACGAUCCAGGCGGGAGUUACUCCGGAAAGUCGCAGCUUUGCCCAGGGCUCCGAUCUGCAAUCACUGAACAAUUGGUCGGCGCCACAAGCCUCGACGACAGUCACAAUGGUCGAUGAUCCGCUCAUCGAGCAAAUCAAUAUAAUCAAAGGUUACAUUAAGCAGGCGCGCGAGGAUCUAAACUUCGAUGUGGUCGAAACGCUGGAGCUAAAUCUGCGCGAGCUGCAGCGCGAAGUCUACGAGCGACAGCGGCAGUCCAGCAGCAGCGCCCGAACAGCCCAGUUGGACAGCUAAGCAUGCCUCCAGUAUAUAUGCCUCUAUGCCCGAAUCGCCCAGCCGGACAGCUGAGCAUGCCUACAUUACUCGUUUAAGUAUACAUGAGUGUAUAACUGUGUUUUAUAUAUCCAUUCCCGCUUUUGACAACAAAAUAAAUGUGCAAAUUGA